CAGCGGAUAGAAGAGAGAAGAACUGAAGAAGCUCAGACUCAGAGCUGAUUCUCCAGAGGAAGGCUCUGCUCCAAGCUCUCUUCUCUAUGGCCACGCGGUGUUAGGGCUUUCCAAGUACACAAACAUUAAACUACUUGUAUUUUCUUGGCAACCAAACGCGGUUGACAGGUGCGUUUAUUCUUGUUCCUCUACUGCUUGUUGUUCAUGAAUUUAAAUCACGGUUGAUCGUGAAUUUCAAAUGUUUCUGAGCUCAAAUGAACUACGCAUCUACUUGUGAAUUGUUCCGUUUGGUUUCCGAGAAAUCACAUGCAAUAAAAGAAGGAAAUCUUGGAAGCCCCUAGGAAAUUCCGAAUUUCCUAUAUCUUUUCCUAUUAUUUCUCAGCAACCACACAGACUUAAACGCCUUUUGGUUGCUGAGAAAGGAUAACAGGAGACUCUACAACCAUCUAUUUUAAUUUGGUUGAGUUUUUCAAUUUUGGGAAACUAAAGAGGAAGAUUCGGGAUUUCUGACUGAGUUUUUCCGUGGUGAGAUCUUCUAAGUUGAUAGCUGAAGAAGUACAAAGAGGACUGGCUGGCGUCGUCCAUUUGAUAGGUGUUUUUUGGGAUUGGAGUAGAAACAAAGAAGAAUCAUGAUUUCUUGGAAGGAACUGAAACUUUAAUGCUAUGGAAUCUGGGUUCAAGAAGUGAUUGAAACUCAGUAUUCAAAUGCUAUUGGAACCUUGGGGUUCUUUUAUGAUUAGGAAAUAAGGUAAUGGAGAAAAUUUGUGAAUUUUGCACAUCUUUGAGGCCAGUUGUUUACUGUAAGGCAGAUGCAGCACUGCUUUGCCUUUCAUGUGAUGCAAAGGUUCACUCAGCAAAUGCACUUUCCAACCGGCAUCCUCGAACCCUACUAUGUGAGUCAUGCAAAUGCCGCCCGACUUCUCUUCGAUGUUUAGAUCACCGGGUGUUUUUGUGUCGUAAUUGUGACCGGAGCUUGCAUGAAGUUUCUUCACAACAUCAUAGACGGGCAAUUAGAAGUUAUGUGGGAUGCCCAUCUGCUAAGGAUUUUGUGGCAUUGUGGGGGUUUGAAUUGAACGAAAUGGAAACUGUUGCUCCUCGAGAUCAGUUUGUUUCUAAUUCAUGUGGUCCUCGUGUGAGAAAUUCAAGCUUUUCAAGACAUUCUUGCCAACAAGAUGGAGUCUCUUCAUUGGCUUUUGAACUAAACUCCUCAAUUUCAAUAUUUGGUGCAGAAUCUGAGGUGGGAUCGAGCACACAACAAAGUAAGGCAUUUUACAAUGGACAAGGGCAGCAAAAAACAUCUGUUAUUUUGCAGCAAAUUCUUGAUUUGAAAAGGCUACAGCUCACUGACAGGAAAAACACAUCAUCUCUGAUACGUGGCCAAGAACAAACUGAUAUAUCUUCAUCUAAGUUUAGCACUUCACAAAGGCUUGAUGAUGAUCUUGAUGAGCAUUCACAAAAUUCGCUUGGUAUCUGUUCUGAUCUUCAGCAAAUGGAUAGUCCUAAGCAGGAACUGAAAGUGGAGCCUUUUCCCUCACCAUUUUCUCAACUGGAGCAGUUAUCAUCUUCUUCAACUGUUGGAAUCCCUUUGCAUGGAGACCCCUUCUGGCAAUGCAAAAGUCCAAUUCAGAGUAGCCAGUUGUGGUCUCAAAAUAUGCAAGAUCUUGGAGUUUGUGAGGAUGUUAACUGCUUAGAUGAUUUUAACAUUCCUGAUGUUGAUCUGACGUUUCAAAACUUUGAAGAGCUCUUUGGGGGUGAUCAAGAUCCAACCAGAUUACCUGUUGACAUUGAAGAUGUGACGUAUUCCUCCUUGGAGAAGGAUACAUCCCUUGAUAAAUCGGAUGAUGGCUGUACAAGAGUUAUGGAGGUUGCUUCGGUGGCUUCAUCUGUUUGUGUCACUAUGUCAGCUCAUGUGGACAAAGACACAGAUCCUUCUGACCAAGCUCAUCACUUCUCCACAAGCGUGAAUUCUCACUGCCCAAUUCGACCAUCCUUUUCGGCUAUGUCAUUCUCUGUUUCAAUACUCAGUCCAGAAAGCAGUAGUACUGAUUAUCUCGAUAGUGGACUUUCACCUACGACAACACGAGGGCCUCCAUUUGAUUCAUCUGAUCUGGAGAGUGCACAUUCAGAAGCCAGAGAAAAUGCCAUGAUGAGAUACAAAGAGAAGAAGAAGGUCCGAAUGAAUGAAAAGCAAAUCCGACACACACCUCGGAAAGCUGAUCCAAGAAAGCGGGUAAAAGGUCAAUCACUAAAAGCAGAAGGCUACGAAUCUGACAGUGUCAAUGCGACACCAAGUUAUUGAAGAUAACAUUCUAUUUUUGUAUUUUAGUUUGUUGUGUACAAGAUCAACCCCAGGGCAAAUUAAUGACAUUUCACUGGUACUUGUCAUGUUUAUUACUUAAUUCCAACCAAUUCUUUUGGUCCCUCGUGUAAAGGUAUGUAUAAUAUCGGUUCUAAACGAGCUAUAGCUGCAAAAAUUAGGCCUGGUGUUAACAGAAGUUGCCUAUAUCUGCUGCUUAUCCGUAGAAUUCGAUAUGGAUACAGAUUCGAAACAAAUCCACUUUGUCUGCAGUGUGUAUAUAUAUAUAUAUGGUACAUGGACGGGUUCACUUCUAAA